AUGGCCGGUCCGCCGAACCCAUUUGCCGGCCUCGGCCAGAGAGACGGCGUGACGGGGUCAGCGGGUCGAGGGCGAGGCGGCGGUGGCGGCGGUGUGUUCGGGAAACCGGCGACGGCGCCCUUCCAGCCUACCAAGAACUCCAGCGCGCCGCGUGAUCCCAGACCCCGCGGUCGGGGGCGAGGAGCGCCAGCUGCAAGGGCCGGUCGCGGCUAUGGUCGCGGCGCGAGCUCAAAUCCUACCUGGCGGAAGUCGGAACCGACCACGGGAGCGCCUACGCCCGCUGCAUCGUCGCCUUUCGCCCAAUUGAAGCAGAACCCGCCAUCCGAGUCACCCUUUGCGGCUGUUCAGAGUGCACAGCAGUCGCCUGCGUUUUCGCCCUUUGGGAAAGCUUCGCCUUCGCCUGGACCUGGACCUACGCCUGCAUCGUUUGGGGCCCCCGCGGCCAGUAGUGCGACUUCUGUCGAUUCGAGUCGAGAUCCCCGGAGACAAUCUGCGAUGCAGGUGAAUGGAAACACGAGGUCCGGCAUUAUUGUGGAGGAUGGUGCUGUGCUGAAUAGCUAUCAUGAACGUUAUGAGAAGCUUAAACAAUCCCGGGCGAAGGAAAGAGAAAAGGCGAUCAGGGAAGGCCAGAUGGCGGACCCCAACCAGCCGACCUCCUUAAACCAAGCCAUCACCCCCGUCGGGACUUGCACAAGCAUGUGCCCGGAGUUUGAACGUGUCGAACGUAUUGUUCAGAAAAUGGUGGAUAAAAGCGAAAAGUACCUUCAUCCCACGACAAAUUCGCUCCAAAACAUGGAGCUGAAAAUGCUCAAGCGCUUUAGGCGAUCAGCUGCCGGAUAUGACGAACAACUUCCGUCUGAUAUUCGAACACCGAUGACGCUGCUACAAACAAUGAACUAUUUGACUCGGCAUGUGCUUAGUGGCCCGGAACCUCUAGGGGUUAUCCAUAAGUUUGUAUGGGAUCGGACGCGAUCCAUUCGCAAUGACUUCUCGGUACAGCAGGUCACGCUGGAAGACGAUGUGCGGAUAGCUGUGACCUGUCUUGAACGGAUCGCCCGUUUCCACAUAUCCUCUCUUCACUUACUCUCUAGCCCGGCCAACGAGGAACCUUUUGACCGCCACCAGGAACGCGAGCAACUGAACAACACCAUGUUGUCUCUCAUGUAUUACUAUGACGACAACCGCGGCCGUAUUUCGUUCGAGCAUGAAGACGAGUUUCGAGCUUACUACAUCAUCUUUGCGAUCCACGACCAGCGACCGGAUUUAGAAGCGCGUGUCCAGAAAUGGCCGGCCGAGCUGCGCAGAUCGCCUCGGGUGCAGGUAGCUCUAGAGCUACUAGCCGCUGCUGGAAACACGUGGGAAUACCAAGGUACUCUGGACGCUAAGCGGCCGAACGCUAUUGCACAGGGGUUCUAUGCACGCUUCUUCGAGCUGAUAGAUUCCCCGGCCGUGUCGUACCUGAUGGCAUGCGUUGCGGAGAUUUACUUCAACCACGUUCGCCAGACCGCCAUCCGAUCGAUUUGGAAGGGCUACUGUCGCUACCCUGCAUCCCAGCAGCACAAGAACGAAGAAUGGACGGUCGACGAGUUGACAACCGUGUUGUGCUUCGAUGACGACAACCAGACGAUCCAGUUUUGCGAAGAACAGGACCUAGGAUUUGCCGAGAAUGCUAGUGGUAAUUUAUAUCUCAAUUGGGGCAACCGCCCUAUUGAUUCAAUUGCCUUCCAACCAUCCUCAGAGCACUCCUUUUCAGAGAAACUCGUCGAGUCGAAACGCGCAGGCAGGUCAAUGGCUGCGAUCAUUCUCGGAUUAAAUAUCAAAGACGCCGCCAGUCUUGGAAUGAUCGAUCGCUCCCUGCUCUCACAUCGAGUGCAACGACCUCUGACCGGCCCCGAUUUCGAGAGCAACGACUCCCUUUUCGUGAGCGACGACGACAAUGAGACUCCUGCUCCGACUUCUCAGAGAAAUGGGUUCUUUGGACAAGACGAACCCGCCAGACCCGCCCCGAGUCUUCCAGGUCCAUUCGGGGGCUUUUCGCAACCAACAGACAGCUCAACAACAAGCCAGACACCGAGUUCGAUCUUUUCGGCACCAAAGGCUCCCGAGCCAAGAUCAUUGUUUCCUCCCGCCGCACCGACGACUGCCCCUUCUCCGUUUGGGGGCUCAUCUCCUUUUGGCGCCCCGCAAGCACCAGCGUUCAAGCCUGCGGAGACGAAACCACUGUUUUCAACACCUGCCUCGCAAUCUGCUAAUUCCAUAUUCUCUACAAAUGCGGCGAAUGCAGAGACUGCUUCUGCUGCUGCUCCUGUCCCUGCUCCGUCAUCCUUCAAAUCGCCUAGUCCAUUUCAGCAACCCGCGCCGUCGAGAUCACCUUUCGGGAUGCCAGCGCCGCCUACGAGCGUGUUCCCCUCUGAAUCUACGGCAAAGGCAGAGUCUAGUACGGCCCCUGUGCCGUCAGACUCACCAACCUACUACAGCUCCCGCAUCCUCGCUCUUCAAAUUCCCAAGCCCCUCUCAGCAGGAUACAGCGCCGGCGACUUCGCCAUUCGGGGUUCCCUCAACUACGGACAAUGCGUCCUCAUCCGCAAUGACCAAGGCAGAACCUGCGCCAGUUCCUGCGGAAUCGCCCUUCAAAUCCCCGAGUCCGUUCCCGUCAAGCACGCCGUCAUCAUCACCGUUUGGAUUCCCGGCAACCUCGACCGGCACUGCUCUUGGGCAGUCAUCUGCGUCGGCGGCAGGCCAAUCCUCCACCAGCAUUUUCGACGCGCCGAAAGCUCCCACUUUCCCAUCAAGCUCAACCUCCGUCUUCGGUCUUUCUGGAUCCACCGCACCAAGUAG